AUGAGUGUCCAUUCGGCCCUAUUACCAAUAGUGGUCUUAGGACUUAUGACAAGCUCAGUGCGCUGCGCUCCGCUGCCCGGUGGGCAGAACGGACCCGUGGAGCGACGCUGGGAGACCCUCUACUCGCGUUCUCUAGCCCGAAUCCCCGGGGAAAAAAGAGAUAUCAGCCGGGACAGUGAUUAUCUCACGGGCAUUAAAAGACUGCGACGUCUCUACUGCAAUGUUGGCAUCGGGUUUCAUCUCCAAGUAUUACCGGACGGUAGAAUUACCGGCGUGCACAACGAAAACCGUUACAGUCUUCUUGAGAUAUCUCCGGUGGAGAGGGGAGUUGUGACAAUGUUUGGCGUCCGGAGCGGGCUAUUCGUGGCCAUGAACAGCAAAGGGAAGCUUUUCGGAUCUAUGCAGUUCACAGAUGAAUGCAAGUUCAGAGAAAAGCUCCUUGCAAAUAAUUACAAUGCGUACGAAUCGCAGGCACAUCCCGGGAUGUACAUCGGACUAAGUAAGACUGGCAAAACAAAAAAAGGAAAUCGAGUAUCGACAUCAAUGACGGUGACACAUUUCUUGCCUAGAAUUUGA